AUGCUGAUUAGUGGCGACCCUCACAACGCCUGCUACAAUUCAGCCAAGAAGUUGUUGCGUGAAAAGUUCAAUUUCAAACACUGGACUCACAUUGAUGAACGUGAAAAGCUUGAUUUUUGUGGAUGUUCGUUUGUGAAAACCUCCUUUGGUUAUCAACUUGGACACCCUGACUACUUUAGCAAGAUCAAGCCGAUCACCAUCGACCCGAAGCGUCGAGACUUUGCAAUGGCCACACAGAAUGAGGUUAGUGCUCUCCGAGCGGUGCUUGGUGCGCUUCAAUGGCCCAGCACUCAAACUGCCCCUCAACUUGGUGCAACAGUUUCUCUCCUCAGUGGUCAGAUCACAGCUGCUACAACUGAAGACUUGCGUGAUGCAAACAAAGCUCUGAAAUUCUCCAAGGUCAACAACGAUGUUGGACUCCAAUUUCGUCCUUUAGGUCAGAUUUCAAAUAUGGUUUUGGUUGCAAUGAGCGAUGCCUCAUGGGGAAUUCGACGAGAAGGCCACAGCCAAGGUGGUUACCUUCUCAUGCUUGCUCCGAAAGAAAUCCUGGAUGGUGAAACCACAAAUUACACCAUUCUGGAUUGGAGAAGUUUUCGUUUGCCCAGGGUGUCCCGAAGCUCUUUAAACGCUGAAUCUCAAGCAUGCGCAGCUGCUAUGGAUAGUUUGGAAUACACCCGAACACUGAUCCAAGGAUGUCUCAAUGCUGACUACACUCUGCAAUCUCCCGGUGAAUGGGUGAUCAGCAAAACAGCUUUGGUGGUUGAUGCAAAAGCUCUGUACGAUUCAAUUCGUGCAGAAGUUCCCCAGCUUUCAGGUGACAAACGAACCAAGAUUGAGGUGAUGAUUGUGAAAGAAAAGAUGCAAGAGUGCCAAACACUUUUGCGAUGGGUUUCAAGUGAAGCACAGUAUGCUGAUGGAAUGACCAAACCCUCAGCACGUCAAUUGCUCACUGACCGCCUUAGAACUCACAUGUUCAAAUUGCAAGCAGACGAAGAUUUUGUUGCUGCAAAGAAGAAAACUCAACAACAAAGGGAAGCAAAUGCCCGCAAGUUUGCCCUCUCAAAAGCUGCUAGCAAAGUAGGAACCAAAGCGCGUGGCCUUCACCUUGCCAAGCACAACAAGAGCGUUCAAUGCGAGAUCGAGUAUGAGGAGAUGUCUCACAUGUCCUACCAGCUACACCUUGAACAAGAAGACAAGGCGAGACUGGAAGACAGCUUCAAAAGGGAGAUCGAAACACUGGAAAGCUAUGCACAGGUGAUGAAAGAUACAAGCGACACAAACAAAGAGGAUGCCGACACGUUCUUAAGUGAACCUAAGACUCUCAAAGUACGACUUCAAGAUGUUGAACAAACCUUGACGGCAAAGAUUCAAGAAGUGAUUGAACUGGAACGACAGGUUUACCAAGUUCAAGAUUCAUUGGAUCGAGCAAACCAAGCAAAUGCAAACAUGCGCGAGCUCCACGACCACGAGAUCGAGUUCCGCAGAGAGGUCUACGCCAUCAACAAGGCAAAUCGCUUCCACCUUUUCGAUGAUUGCUCAAUUCUCAUGCAAGCGCGUCCGGUGACUAUGUAUGUCUGCAAGGAAUGCGAAGAAAGACGUGCGAAGGAAAACGCCGAGAUGAAUCAAUACCAGCACGGUUGGCGCUGA